AGGCCAAGUGCUCAGAACAGUAAACAUUGCGGAAUCGGCCUGGUCGGAGCGGGUCUGACUUCUGGAACUAGCAUACAUAUUGUGGUGUCAUCGAGGCCCGGGACUGAAAUUAGCUUCAACCAAAUAGAGACUUUUUCAGUGGCGCUAGUCGGUUCCCCCGGGCCAUGCGCAGCAGCUGCGUGCGGGGCUCCAUGGUUCUGUCCCCUGCCCUGCUCCCUAGGCUGCUAACCCAUGCAGCGCGCUGGGGGACGUCCGGCACCAGGCUUGGGGGGUGCAAGGGUCUCUGGAGCUCCCCCCGGGGCCUGGCCUUGGCUGGGGAGACUGCGCAGCCCGUCCCCCUGCCGAGCCAGGCCCGUGUGGUGAUCUGCGGAGGGGGCAUUGUGGGGACGUCUGUGGCGUAUCACCUAGCCAAGCUGGGCUGGACCGAGAUUGUUCUGUUGGAGCAGGGAAGGCUCGGUGCUGGCACCACUCGGCUGUGUGCUGGCAUCGUCAGUGUGGCCAAGCCAAUCUCCAUUGAGUGUAAGAUGGCGGACUACUCCAACUCCCUUUAUGAGCGACUGGAGGAGGAGACUGGAGUUAAGACAGGCUACGUGAAGACUGGAUCUCUGUGCUUGGCACAGAAUCAGGACCGGUUCCUUUCUCUGAAGCGCCUGGCAUCCAGGCUCAAGGUGAUGGGUAUUGCCUGUAACGUCAUCAAACCAAAAGAUGUGUCUAAGCUCCACCCCCUGGUGAAUAUUCAUGACCUGGUGGGGGCACUGCAUUUGCCGGGGGAUGCCGUGGUGUCUUCUCCUGACGUCAACCAUGCCCUUGCCACGGCAGCCGCCAGCCACGGAGUGCAGAUCUAUGAGCGCACCACCGUCAACCGUGUGAUGCUGGACAAGGGUCACGUGACAGCGGUCGAGACGGACAGAGGGGCCAUCGAAUGCGAAUAUUUUGUCAACUGUGCCGGACAGUGGGCCUAUGAACUAGGCCAGGCCAGUGAGACCAAGGUGUCUGUCCCCCUCCAUGGAUGUGAACACUUCUACCUUCUUUCCAAACCUCCAGCAGAGCCCCUUCAGCCCACCACCCCAGUGGUGAUGGAUAUGGAUGGGAGAAUCUACGUGAGAGCGUGGCAGGGGGGCAUCCUGUCAGGAGGCUUUGAGAAGAACCCAAAGCCCAUCUUCACCGAGGGACGCAAUCAACUGGAGAUACAGAACAUGCAGGAGGACUGGGACCACUUCGAGCCCAUGCUGACCGCUCUGCUGAGGAGGAUGCCGGAGCUGGAGGCGUGCGAGAUCCACCAGCUGGUCAACUGCCCCGAGUCGUUCACCCCGGACAUGCGCUGCCUGAUGGGGGAGAGCCCAGGGGCACACGGCUACUUUGUGCUGGCUGGGAUGAACGCGUCCGGCCUGACCUUCGCCGGCGGAGCUGGGAAGUACUUGGCAGAAUGGAUGACCUAUGGCUAUCCCACGGCUAAUGUGUGGCCGUUGGACAUCAAGCGCUUCGGCAACCUGCAGAGCAGCCGAACCUUCCUACGACAUCGCGUCAUGGAGGUUAUGCCCCUACUGUAUAAUCUGAAGGUUCCUCGCUGGGACUUCCAGACCGGCCGACAGCUGAGGACGUCUCCUCUGUACGACCGCUUGGACACCCAGGGAGCCCGAUGGAUGGAAAAACACGGCUUUGAGAGAGCCAAGUACUUUGUCCCUGCUGGGAAGGACCUGCUGUCUCUGGAUGCCAGUAAGACCUUUUAUAAACCAGACUGGUUUGACAUCGUAGGGGCAGAGGUCAAGUGCUGUAAGGAGGCUGUCUGUGUCAUCGACAUGUCCUCCUUCACCAAGUUUGAGGUCACGUCUUCUGAUGACCAGGCCUUGGAGCUCCUUCAGUACCUGUGUGCCAAUGACCUGGAUGUGCCGGUCGGCCACAUCGUCCACACGGGCAUGCUGAACGAGAGGGGUGGCUACGAGAACGACUGCAGCGUUGUUAGAAUCAAGAAGAACAGUUUCUUUAUCAUUUCUCCUACGGACCAGCAGGUCCAUUGUUGGUCCUGGCUGAAGAAGCACAUGCCCAAAGACCCCAAUCUUCAUCUGGAGGACGUCAGCUGGAAGUACACUGCAUUGAAUCUGAUUGGUCCAAGGGCGAUGGAUGUUCUUGGAGAACUGUCCUACGUAUCCAUGACGCCAGAACAUUUUCCCUCUCUCUUCUGUAAGGAGAUGAGUGUGGGCUAUGCCAAUGGGAUCAGAGUGAUGAGUAUGACCCACACUGGAGAGCCAGGCUUCAUGCUGUACAUCCCCAUAGAGUAUGCCCUCCACGUCUACAACGAGGUGAUGUCCGUGGGUCAGAAGUACGGGAUCCGUAACGCCGGAUACUACGCCCUGCGCUCCCUCCGCAUCGAGAAGUUCUUCGCCUUCUGGGGUCAAGACCUCGACCCCUUCACAACACCCCUGGAGUGCGGACGAGAAUUCAGGGUCAAGUUUGAUACGGACAUUGACUUCCUGGGCCGCGCGUCUCUACUCCAGCAGCGUCAGGAGGGAGUGAGCCGUCGCUUCAUCAUGUUGGUCCUGGAGGAUCAUGACACAGAGCUGGACCUGUGGCCAUGGUGGGGAGAACCCAUCUACAGGAAUGGGGAGCUGUGCGGCACCACCACCUCCUCGGCCUACUCCUACACCCUGGAGAGACACGUGUGUCUGGGCUUUGUUUCCCCGCCCUCCCUGGACGGCACCCCGGCCACAGUGACCCCAGACUUCAUCAACCGGGGAGACUACGAGGUGGACAUCGCGGGCCAGCGCUACCCAGCCAAAGCCAAGCUGUACCCCUUCAGCUCCCUGUUCGCCCAGCAGAGACGACGCAAAGACAACAUGGAGCUGAGUAACUUCCAGGGCAAAUGAGGGUGAGGAGCUAAAUGGUCGGCCAUCUCUCCUUUCUCUGCUUGCUCCUCAAAGACACUACCCGGCCGGGUCCAACGUAUCUUUUUCACGCUAAAGGGGCAAACGCACAAUCUGUCCCCAGCCCCUCCGAACUCCCUCCUCGUGCUAAAAGUGCAAUAUUUAAAAGACACCAAAUGCUCCUAUCAGUCUAUUGUGGCUAUUGUCUGUCUGAAUGUCUUCUGCAGAACGUCUCACUCUGCAUAUCAAACCUGAGGUAAAUGACCACCAGAGAACUUCAGUUAUCGCUAUCACACAUCCCCUAGUGUCAGUUUGUCCAGAGAUGGACCCUUUCUCUGCAGAACUGGGUCCAGACCCAUUCCUCUGGGUCCAGACCCAUACCUCUGCAUCACUAUCACACAUCCCCUAGUGUCAGUAUGUUCAGAGGUGGAGCCUUGAACUGGGUCCAGGCCUGUAAUUAGAAGAAGCCCUUUCUUUUUCAAUGAUUGUGAGAUUCUAUGGAGUGUGAGAUUCCUGCCCUUCUGUUUCUGUGUUCAGUUGUUGUUUUCAGUGAGUAAUGUUGUUAGGAGUUUGCUAGUGAGGAAACAUUAAAGUACAAUGCACUCUUAUUGGUGGAGACUGCAGCACUUCUUCCCUCUUAUCCAGGAGGAGUAGUUGUCAGUGAGAUUUGAUCUCCCUGGUUUUUUGUGUAAAGAAAAUUUAAAAAAUAUGGUAAUGUUUAAAAAGAUAUAUUUUUGUAUAGGCAGACUUUUCUGUAUUCUAAAGCAUGAAAAGUUUAUAUAUUUUUUUUGUGUGUGUUUUAAAAUGUUUAAACAGACCUGAAGAAAGUAAAUGUGUCAAAUAUGUUCACCUGUAUUGUUCUCCAUUGGGUGUCUUCCCUAAUCCUUUCUGUGAUCUUACUUGUUUGGUUCUGUGGAUCCAGGAGUAUAUUCACUUAGAAUGGAAGCAAGCAGACUGAAACGGUGAGAGACUAACCUGAACUAGUCAGGCUGAAACGGUGAGGGAUUUAACCUGAACUAGUCAGGCUGAAACGGUGAGGGAUUUAACCUGAACUAGUCAGGCUGAAACGGUGAGGGAUUUAACCUGAACUAGUCAGGCUGAAACGGUGAGAGACUUAACCUGAACUAGUCAGGCUGAAACGGUGAGAGACUUAACCUGAACUAGUCAGGCUGAAACGGUGAGAGACUUAACCUGAACUAGUCAGGCUGAAACGGUGAGAGACUUAACCUGAACUAGUACAAUAAGAAUGACUUUUUAUUAUUAUUUUUGCAAAUAAUUUUGUUGCAAUUUCUUUUAAGUUUGUUUUACAGUGUUCUCUAAUGAACAUGUGCAAAUAUCUUUUUCUUUACAAUGCGUAUCUUUUGUUUCUCAUUUCAUAUGCCAUCAAGUACAUGUUCUGGUACUUCUCUUUAAGAACAUGAGCACAGUCGUUUUGAGACCCAGUUGGGUCGUCAGGGUUGUCUACCGGUCAAGGGCAUUGGUACAGUAAAUUAAAGUUUGCUGGUUCUAAUCCCAGACCUGAAAAGGUGAAGUCACUGAUGUUCUGUCCUUGAGCAGGACAUUUCACCCUAAUUACUCCCAGGUCAUCAUAAGAAUGAGUUCUUAUUUUACCAUGUAAUACAAUGGGGGGGAAAAAACAGUAAUCUGACUAAAUAUAAUUCUACUUCAGAAUAAAGGCCUGAUGCAAUGUUAGUAUUCUCUAAGCGAAAUACUGUCUUGAGAUUUGGAAUACAGGCCUGAUGUAAACUUGUAGACCUUUAUAUGGCUUGCAUGUUUGGACGCUGCAGGUGGAAGUUUCUUUUUUUUGAGUGUGAAGCACUUUCAGAUGCCUUUCAGCCUGCGUGAUGUUAAACAGAACAGCGGCCUCCUGCCAGACUGUAAUUACUGGGAUGACAUAACGAUAUCCUUUGGAAAAUGUGCAUUAAAUACUUACAGAACUAUUCAUUAGGUCUUAAUAUUGUGGUAGUCGUUCUAUUAUGGUAGUCUGUGUACAAAGACUGACUAAAUACACUGUAUAACAAGUAGCCUGUCAAACUCCACUGCUGUUCAUCAAAAUAGCAGCCACAUUACAGAGGGAGGGCCGAAGAUCAUCAGCCAGGGUUGGAGAGAAUCAGUAGCCUGGGUCGGGGAGAGUUUGGAUUGGUAGCCUGGGUCGGGGAGAGUUUGGAUUGGUAGCCUGGGUCGGGGAGAGUUUGGCUUGGUAGCCUGGGUCAUGGAGAGUUUGGCUUGGUAGCCUGGGUCAUGGAGAGUUUGGAUUGGUAGCCUGGGUCAUGGAGAGUUUGGAUUGGUAGCCUGGGUCGGGGAGAGUUUGGCUUGGUAGCCUGGGUCAUGGAGAGUUUGGAUUGGUAGCCUGGGUCGGGGAGAGUUUGGAUUGGUAGCCUGGGUCGGGGAGAGUUUGGCUUGGUAGCCUGGGUCAUGGAGAGUUUGGCUUGGUAGCCUGGGUCAUGGAGAGUUUGGCUUGGUAGCCUGGGUCAUGGAGAGUUUGGAUCGGUAGCCUGGGUCACCGAGAGUCAUUUUCUAGCCUUCUCCAUCUGACCGGACGGGUAACUCAGGACAGGCUGUGUUGACUGUACAGGACUGGCUUGGUCAGAGUCCAGUCGAUGAACUUGCACACUUUCUUGUAGUGUUAGUGUGAGUGUCCGGAUGUACAAUGGUAAUGUGUUAUACAAUUAUCAACCCAAAUACAGGGUAAAUCAUUUGGUUUUGAAGGUUUUAGUCAGUCCCCAAAACAUGCACUAAGUUUGAAAACAACUGCCUUGAUUUUUGAAUGGGAUGUCUUUAGUAUGACAGGCAGACACUGAUCUUCUUUUUGCGAGCUAGCUGUCAGUGAUCUUGUGAAAUAUGAAGCGGGUUUGGUGUGACUGACUGAUGCCGUGGCAUUCAUGUGUGUCCAGCUGUCAGUUUUUGUGUCAAACAUGAAACAAGCUUGUAAAAGUGGUAGGUUUUUUCGGUUUUUUACCUCGAUGGAAUUCUGAGUAGAUCUAAUACCACAGGGUUGUCUGUUUUGAUUGUCUGCUUUUGGCCCAUCCUGUUCUAGUGGGUCAUUGUAGUCUCAACUGUUAUAAAAAAACCCCACCUCUUAUCAUAUUCUCCUGCUGUAAGGCUUGUAUUUCUGCUUUCUGCUGUACAGUCGUUAGCCUGUUUGUGUGCUGUAUCUUUCAAUAAAUGGUCCCUUGGAGACAUCUUUCUUCCA